AAAAAAAUGUUGUCUCUCUUUUUACUUCCAAAAUGUUGGAAGGUAUGAGAUAGUAAGUAAAACUGUGCCUAUUGUGUUGAGGGAAAUAGCCUCUGGGAAGGACUAGUGCUGUCGGAUCGCAGACGUGCGAGUUAUAGUAGUUGUAGUAGUUGUAGUAGCAGUGAGAGAGGGAUAAUAGGGAGGUGAGAAGUAUUUUGCUGACAGUACACUUGGCUGCUGCCAGUUGAAGAAAUAGUAACGGGGAGGGAGCUGAGAGGAAGUGCUGUUAGUGGGAUUCAUCCGCUGAGCACAAAACUAUUCAGUAGGUAAAUUGCAAGUGCAGGGCCAGGGGAGCGCAAGGAGCAGCGAUCGUACAAGUGGUUGAACUAUUGCGCUGGAGCUACAACAAGCCGGCUUGAACAGUCCCGGAUAGGUGUGUCCAUCAUCAGUUCUGGUUUACAGUGUGAUGCGCAUUUAGAGGACUUAUAAAAUGGCUGGGUGUCUGCGCCAUUUUACCUCCGUGGGAGAUGACACAAAAAAAAGGGAAUGGAAGGAAGAAGAUGUAGAAGUGGCACAUGAAGAAGAAAAGAAGAAUACUCCCCAUCCGUUCAUAGCCUCAUACAGUUUAAGGGGAGCCCUUAAAUGGUUAUUUAGCUCUCACAAAUUUCAGAUUGUGAUUAUUUCCCUUGUAAUCCUUGAUGCAUUGUUUGUACUUGUUGAGGUUCUUCUGGAUCUGGAGCUGUUGGCUGAAAAAGUUGACCACAUUAUUCCUGAGAUAUUUCAUUAUUUGAGCGUUUCUGUCUUGUCCUUUUUCAUUUUGGAAAUUGCUGGUAAAUUAUACGCUUUUCGCCUGGAGUUCUUUCAUCACAAGUUUGAAGUAUUUGAUGCAGCUAUUGUUGUGAUCUCGUUCAUCAUUGACAUUGUCUAUAUCUCUCGAGAAGAUAUUUUCAAUGCUGUUGGGCUACUGAUUCUCCUUCGGCUUUGGAGAGUUGCAAGAAUUGUGAAUGGUGUAAUUGUGUCUGUGAAGUCCCGAGCAGAGGAGAAAAUUCAUAAACUGGAAGAAAACCAGCGGUCACUGCUUGAGAAAGUUACACAACUGGAGCAGCAAAGUGCCCAACAGGAACAAGAGAUUGCCAGACUUCAGAAGUUACUGAAGCAGCACAACGUAUUUCCUGAUUCCUAAGACAGAAUUGCUUCCUCGGCUCUAGCUGCAGCCAUGGCAUUUGGUUUUAGGACCUUAAAGUUUGUUUAAUGAAUACAGUAUGUUACGUGUUAAAAAAUAGACAAUAAUCAUCUUUAUUACAAAAGGUAGAUAAAUACACAUUUACAGAAGUUUAAAAAAAUAAACAAACUGGAGAAUCUUAUAUAAAUAAUCAGUUCAGUGUUUCAGUUUUAGGUCGAUGCUUUAGAUACUGUGAGACAAAUCUACUCUGAAGACACCUGUAGGGGUAAAUUUUGAAAAAGUGUUCAAAAUUGCAUUUACUUGGCAUUAUAUAUGUAUGAGGUUAAUGGCUCAAAAAGGCAUCCCAAACAGCCCUCCACAGAUCUACAUUACAAACGCUUGUCACAUAUGUAGAAGUGUUGGUUGUUGUAGGUUUAUUGCAACACAAGUCCGUGGAGACUGUUUCCAGUGCUUUAAUGAAACGAUUUUGGGUUACUUAAGCUGUCCUGUGUACCCUAAAGGAUUGUAAGGAGGCUCAUAUAGGCUACAUCACUUCUUAAAUCAGAUUCUUACACAGAGACAGCUUCCAUAACAAACUAGCCAUUUAGCUGGCCUCCGCUCAGUGUCAGAUUUCAGCACGAAUAUGCUAGAAUAGGCAUUUUUGCACCAAAAUCCACUCUGUGUGUCUGCACUAGGCCAAUGCAGUGCCUCUCGGGGCAGACACAGGAGCAAGCGAAGGCCAGCGGUUCAGCUGAUUAAAUGUAAGCUGAGAAUCAGCCCCUUGAGGCCUUAGCUUUAGGCUUUUGAUAGCCACUCUACUUCUGGAGCCUUCAUUUCCCAGUCCAUUCAAUUUUCCUCCACAGAAUCUACAAAGGGUCAUUCUGUAUUAGAUUGUUCUAUAGUUACUCUUAUUUCCUUCAUAUUCCCAUAAGCACAACAAUGCACACUUGAGAUUUUAAAUGUGUAAUUUCCAGAUUUUAUUGCAUUUGUAACCAUUGUGUUUGCCUUGCUUGCUAUUUUGUUCUGUGAAAAAGUUGGAAUUUUAUGAAAUAAUACAUUUUAAAAUGUUAAA